AUUUUCUGGGUGGAGAUUGCGGUGGACGAUGACGUAAUAAGGAUACGAGACUAGGAUACGCACUCUCUGACGAGCAGAGGAGGAACGCGUUCAUCCACCGGCGACGGUGGUGGUGGAUGCGUGGCGCCCACCAGAGAGAGCCGAUCCGUUCUUGCUCUCGCACGACGAACGAAGAACGAAGAGGGGUAGAGGGGGCAAGGGGAUGAGAGAGCGGUAUAAAUGUAGCCCGCGCAAGUUCCACCAAUCAUUCGCCCUCUGACCUCGAAACUCUUGAAGCUCUUUCGCCUCUCUUCAACUAUUUGGCGGCACCCGAGAAACGUACCCUGCUGUCAGUCGUACGUACGCCACCACCACUUUGAGCACCGUCCCUCGUGACGCGACCCGCGCCUCGUGAAGAAGCGGUACCAAACGACAGAAUAGACGUGGGACCAAGUGCUAUCGUGGUUACACAACGAGGGACAAGUAAAGCGAAAAGUUCCCUUAUCAACAAGAUGACGAUCACGUUUGUACAACGAUGCAUAAUCAUCUUCACCAUUGUCGUGUGCUACUAUCAGUCUUGGGUCGCUAGCGCAGUGAACUGCGAGAGAAAUCCGUAUGAACCUUCUUGUCGAGGUUCUCAGAUAAGGAAACGCUUGAUACCAUUACCUAUUAUGCGUACUAUAAACUGCGAUGAAACUGAUUGCAGCAAGCUUCCUAGGAUGAAGUUUUUGAUCGCAGUUCUCGAUGACAAUCCCAGGGAUGUCUAUCCGGCUGAACCUUUGCCUCUUCAUUCGAAGAAGAAGUUGGUGCGGGUUGAUCCACAGGAUGUAUAUAUGGACUAUUGACUCGGCAAUCACGGAAUUAUGUCGACUCUGCAAAGAGAUAACCGACCGAUUGACUACUUUUCAAACAAAUCACUUUCGUCUGUUUAAUUACCUUUUAUUAUAUUAUCCGGCCUAAUUACACCGUGUGUUUUUUCUCAUUCUACUUCCCGAUAGAUCUUUUUCUCUCUUUAUCCUCACCUUCUUGCAAAUUUAACGAAACGAAAAAAAAAUAAAUAAAUAAAUGAAAAUGUGCGCGUGCACGCAUGUUGUUAGCACCUUGACUUCUGGAUAAUAAACACUUGACUAGCACAACGGAAAAAGAAAGGUCAAUUUACUAUCUCAAUCUUGUAAAAUGAAUACGCGCGAAAUGAUUACAUCGAAUGAUUUUUAAUCAUCUUUCAG